UACGCCUUCGCCUCCACCUUCGCGCAGACCGCCGGGGCCUGGCGCCCCGGCGCCCCCGCGGCGGGCACCGGCGGGGCGCCCUUCGGCCCAGGGGGCCAGGCGGCCUCCGACUCCGACUCCGACUCCGGCGCGGAGGGCGGGGCCGAGGGGCCGACCCUUGCCUCCACGCAGGUGCUCCGGCAGACCGCGGCCGUUACGUCGAAGAUCGACUGCGAGCUGCAGCAGGCGCAGGAUCUCCUGGAAAAGUUCGAAAUGGCGCUGGACCAGGACGAGGAGGCGAUGGAGCAGCGGCGGGGGCGCGUGCAGGCACUCAGGGAGGCGAAGGACGCCAGCGCCAGGGCGCAGGCCGAGGCGGAGGCGCACGCGGCCAAGGAGGCCGAGGCAGAAAGUGCGGCGCGGAAGUCGAAGCGGCGGGCCGAGAAGGCGGCGCGGAAGGCGGCGCCCGCGGCCCGCGAGCCACCCCCCGGCGGCGCGCCGAGAGGGACCGCCUACGAGUCGAUGCCUCUGUCGUGGACGGCCGGGGCCGUCCCCGGGGGCCGCCCCGCCGCGAUGCCGGGGCUGCGGGACGUCCUCCGCCUGCACGCCGCCGUGGCGGCCCUCUGCGGCGCCGUGGCCGUGGCGCGGCCCGCGCUUUGCAGGGCGGCCUUCCCGCAGCCGACGUCCAGCCAGACGCUCGCCUUCGCCGCGCAGAUGUGGAGCAUCCUCGUACUGGCGCAGGUGCCUCUGCUGGGUGCGCUCCGCAAGGUCCGCGACAGGGCCCUCCUGCGGCGCGCCUCGGCGGCCUAUGGCCUGACCUAUGCCGCGACGGCGGCCGUGGCUUGCCACGCGGAGCUGGUGGUGAGGGUGGCGGCCGCGGAGGUGCUGCUGUCGCCCAUGUGGCUUGCCAUGGGCCUGGCCUACGGCGCCCUCGCGGCGAACGGCUCCGAGAGCACGUUCGGGGUCUCGUCGCCCUUCGAUUCUCCUACUUCCACACGGUGCUGUCCGCUGCCGUGGGCGGGGUCGGCGUCGUGGCGCCGAGGGAGCUCAACUACGAGAUGCUGCGCGCGCCUCGGCCGGGGCUCGAGUCUUCGGCCCGCCCGCCGUCGCCUCCAUCGGCGGGGGCCGGCCGUACUACGGCGUCCUCGUUUGCGGCAUGGGCUUCUUGGCCUUCCAGCUGUCCGCGCCCGCCGCGGCCCCGGCGUGGCCCUGGGCCCGGCGAGCGCUGGCGGUCGCAUGGGCUGCGAGUGCUGCGUCGCUCGGCGCCGCCGUGCGCGCCGGCACGGCCAGGGGCGCGGGGGGCCUGGAGGAGUCGCUGCCAGGCCUGGCCUGCGCCUGCUGGCUGGUGCUGUGCGCGGCCAUGGCGCUGCUCUACGCCACCGCGCACACUCCGGCGGACGCCGCCGCGAAGCGGCAGUGAGCCCCGCGGCGGGCGACGAGCGCGGCGGGCCUGCGCGGGGCGCCCGC